AUUUUGACGAACUAGGAGGGGUGUCGGUGGGACGUGGGGGAUCUAAGCUGGAUAUGACCAUGGGCAGCAGGUCGUUAUUAGUGACAAUUGUGAUCACAGUAGUCAUACCCAGCAUCUGGGCAGGUGCAAUAGCUGGGGCUCAAACACAAAAGAUUCGUCGUGAAAGUCGAGAAUCUGGCAAGUACUGGCCAAACUCCGUGGGUAUCUCAGACCAACAGCUACGGCAACUCCUAGCACACUCUCUGGCGGACUCGUACAGUACGUCAGGGGCAAGUCACAUACGGGGAGGAGACGGGGAUGCAGGGUAUAUAUACGAUAGUCGAGAUCAGGUCGAUGACACGGGGACGAACGAGGAGGAAGGGGAACGCGUAAUCGGGAGCGAGGUUACAUCGAGAGACUCGAACCCCGGUACAAGCAAGAGAAAUGGGUUCUUCUAUGGCAAAAGAAAUGGGUUCUUUUAUGGAAAGAGAUCAGCGUCAACCCCUGGCAAUGCAAAUGAAGUAACUCAAUGCAUCCCGUGUGGGCCUCAAAACAACGGCCAGUGCGUCAUGUUUGGUACAUGUUGCAGCUAUGAACUAGGUGGCUGCUUUUUCCUGACAGAGGAGGCCCUUCCCUGUGUGACGUCAAAAUCGUCAUCAUUAUGUGAGCUGAGCGGAUUGCCGUGCGGUGACGAGGGAUAUGGAAGGUGCGUGGCAGACUCUGUCUGUUGUCUGCCGCAAGAGGGCUCUUGUCAUAUCAACGCAGAAUGUGGAGGCAAGAUGACAUUUCAAUAGGACUUGCAUUAUGCGGACUUUAAAUUAUUUAUAAAGGGAUAGGAAAAGGUGGUUAAUAUCUGUAUUUUGAAAAGGGUAAUAAAAUUUAAGGUUGUUUGAGAAAAGGGACACGAAUGUUAUUUUGACCUCAAUGUGUAAAUUUAAACAAUUUUAGCGAUUACUUAUUUUUAGACCACUACGAAUUAACUGUUUUAUGUUCUUUACGACGGGAAAGAAAUGAAAUCUUUUGAGAGAUUCGAAUGUACAAAGAGUGUUAUCGUGAUGACUUUAUUGUUUUAUCUUGCGACGUCACAUUAUUUAAGCAACCUAUGUUUAGACAAUAGUACAGUCAUGAACAAGUUACCCUCUGACUCGCCAACGAAUUAAGGUGUUUUUAACACGUUUUUACGAACAAUAACCACUGCUUUCGAUCGUCCAAUGAUUUGCCUCCUUUUGCCUCAGUGAGGAUGCAUUUUGGCCUCAUCGGUGAGGGCAAAUUUUGAGAGUGUGACGUCACGCAAGGGGGUCAAAACGAGUUUCCAAUGUUGUAACAGGGAAGCUACAUGGGUAAAAUAUUGUCGACUGACAGAAGUCUAUUGUUCUAUUCAUGAUAGAUAACCUAUGAUAAUGUCCACACGGAAUUUUUAAAAUUACUCAAAUAUUGUCCCAAGAACAAAAAACAAUGUCCCCUCCUAGCUCGCUCAAAAUUCAACAACAUAAGUGAUACUCAGAGGAACCUUGUUACAGAAAACGCCUAUGGGUUCAACUCGUUAAUUUCAACCGAGGUUUGAAUAAGUUCAGAGAGUGCAUGACGUUCAUUCAGAACGUCGAUGUAACUCCCCCCCCCCCCCCCCCCGCCAAUCAAUAAAGAUGUACCAAAAGAGGUAUUUUGGUAUAUAAAAUGCCAUAUAAAUACUGACUCUCUCUCUCUGCAGGUUAAAUGACAAAGACAGAUUAUAUAAUUUUGUUAAUGUGAAUAAAAAUAAGUGUUUAAUGAUUAUCAUAAUGUAAUAGCUUAUUUACUUCUAGAUUUUCUUAUAACAUAAUUAUUAGCUUCAGGCAGUUACUAAUAUUUAUUUUAGGGGGUAGUGAGUUUCUCCCACACAAAUGUUGAAGAAUAACAUAAUACAAAAAUUACUGACUAAAACGGUGUAAGUUUACUUUAAGGGACUAUCUUUGGCGUCACUGCGACAACUUCGGUUUGCACGGUUUAUCAUUCUUUUGUUCAUCUGUGACUUCAAUGAUUACACCGUCUCUAUACUAAAUAAGAGACUGUGCGAGACUAUACAGUGCGGUAGUAAACACUGUGCGAGAUUAUAGGCGAUGCCGCACGUUAUUAUCGUUGAUCACUACACCUGCGAUUUACUCUCAGCUUUUUAACAGAUUAAGAUUUGCCACGAGACUAAUCUGUUAAUGAUACACGUAUACCCUGGGAAGCGUUUCCCUUAUCGGUCGUUACAUCCCAACAUCCAUUAAGUAGCAAAUCUGUGUGAACAAAAUGUUACUCAAUUUCUCAUCGAAGUUGUAAGAGAAAAAUAACAGAAAAUACACCCUUGUUGCACAAAUUUGUGUGCUCUCAGAUGCCGAAUAAAAAGCACUACAAAAACACAUCUCUUGUACAAAAAUCGUUACCUCAAAUUCCAAUGGCCCGGAGACUGUAGUCUAGUGUCUGUAAUUGUUUGGUUAUUAUGACCUCUUUUGAAUGUAUACAUGCCAACUGUUUUGUUCAUUGUCUUGAUGUAAACAAUAAAAAUAUAUAUAAUUGGGUUCUUUAAGUUGUAUGCUGAUGUUAUUUUUUUCUGAAAGAUCUUGAAGAUGAAUAAAAAUGGUAGGGCGCUGGUCCCCGGCGUCGUGCCAAUGUACAGUG